CCGGCCGGCUAUCCCCGCCGCUAAUUUUUUGUAUAAAUAGGCACUCACAAAUCCCCAGUUCACCACGAGUUUCACACACUCAAUCAAUUCAAUGUCUAUCCCUGCUACUCAAACUGCCGCUGUCUUCCACGAGCAUGGUGGUCCCGAGAACGUUAAGUUCGAGGAGAUCGCUGUUCCCGAGCCUGGUCAAGGUGAGGUCUUGGUCAACAUCAAGUACACUGGUGUCUGCCACACUGACCUUCACGCCCUUCAAGGUGACUGGCCUCUUCCCGCCAAGCUUCCCUUGGUCGGUGGUCACGAGGGUGCCGGUAUCGUCGUCAAGUUGGGCCCUGGUGUCACUCAACUCAAGCUCGGCGACCGUGUCGGUGUUAAGUGGUUGAACUCCUCCUGUGGCAACUGCGAGUACUGCAUGGCCUCUCAAGAGUCUAUCUGCCCCAACGCCAAGUUCUCUGGUUACCUCGUUGACGGUUCUUUCCAACACUACUGUGUUGCCAACGCCGCCCACGCUACCAAGAUCCCCGAGUCUGUUUCCUUGGAGGUCGCUGCCCCCAUCAUGUGUGCCGGUAUCACUGUUUACCGUGCCUUGAAGGAGGCCGGUGUUCACCCCGGUGAGUGGGUCUGCAUUCCCGGCGCCGGUGGUGGAUUGGGUCACUUGGCUGUCCAAUACGCUCGUGCCAUGUCUAUGCGUGUCGUCGCUAUUGACACUGGUGUCGAGAAGGAGGAGCUCCUUAAGAGCUUGGGUGCCGAGGUCUUCCUUGACUUCAAGAAGGUCCCCGACAUGGUUGAGGCCGUUAAGGAGGCCACCAACGGUGGUGCCCACGGUACUUUGGUUCUUUCCACCUCUCCCAAGUCUUACGAGCAAGCUGCUGGCUGGGCCCGUCCCGGUUCCACCAUGGUCACUGUCUCCAUGCCUGCCGGUGCCAAGUUGGGCGCUGACAUCUUCUGGUUGACCGUCAAGAUGCUUAAGGUUUGCGGUUCCCACGUCGGUAACCGUCUUGACUCCUGCGAGGCUGUUGAGUACGUUGCUCGUGGCCAAGUUAAGCCCGUCUACAAGGUCUGGCCCUUCUCCACUCUCCCUGACGUUUACCACGCCAUGCACGAGAACAAGAUCGCUGGCCGUAUUGUUUUGGACUUGAGCAAGUAAGCACAACCAUUUAUGAUAGAAACAGACGGUAAAUGAAAUU